AUGGCCUACUCGAACUCGUCGCGGGCGCUGGCCUUCCUCACCGAGACGUCCGAGGAUGCCAUCGCCGCGCUCAAGGGCAUCGUCGGCGGCGCCGGGUCGGCAAAGUACCUCGACACGUCCGAGGACAAGGUGUCGCUCAUCACGUCCCAGAUCGACUCGAGCCGCGACGAGGAUCGCAUCCACGGCCUCACCCGCAUCGUCGCCAUGAUCUCAAAGGGCAGGGACGCCUCGAGCUUCCUGCCCGGCGUGCUCAAGCUCACCUCGUCCACCAACAUGGAUGUCCGCAAGCUCGUCUACAUCAUCCUCCUCCGCUACGGCAACAGCAACCCGGACCUCACGCUGCUCAGCAUCAACAGCUUCCAGCGCGACCUCUCGGACCCCAGCCCCCUCAUCCGCGCCAUGGCCCUGCGUGUCCUCAGCGCCAUCAAGGUCAAGAUGGUCUCGGCCAUCGUCCUCAUGGCCGUCUCCAAGGCCACCCGCGACCCCAACCUCUACGUCCGCAAGAUCGCCGCCCUCGCCGUGCCAAAGUGCUUCGAGCUCGACCGCACCCAGCUGCCCUCGCUCCUCGAGAGCCUCUCGACGCUCCUCUCUGACCGGUCCCCCUUUGUCCUCGGCGCAGCCUUGGCGGCGUUCCAGGAGAUGUGCCCGGAUCGGUGGGACCUGCUGCAUCCGCACUACCGCAAGAUCUGCCACGCGCUUGCCGACGUGGACGAGUGGGGCCAGAUCACCUGCCUCGAGGUGCUGAUGCGCUACUCGAGGGCCAACUUCGUCCAGCCCACCGUCGCAUCGCUCGCUUCGCCAGGUCAGGGGCAAGAGGCCCAGGUCGAAGCGUCGGGCCAGGCAUCAUCCGGCAGCGGCCGGGAGAAAACCGGAGCGACGGCGGCCAGGUCCGAGACGCGCGCAGCUGCCCCUGCCUCUGCCCCGAAGGCCAUGCACUCGGCUCUCGAGAGCUUCCUCGAGGGGGAAGAAGGGCCUCGGACAGACGCCAUCGGGACGGCAUCACCCAGCAGCGGCGAGAAGCCAUCCUCGUCGUCGUCCACUUCAGCCUCGGCAUCGAUCGACCGGGACCUGGAGCUGCUGCUGGUCAAGGCCGAGCCGCUGCUGCAGAACCGCAACCCGGCCGUCGUGAUGGCCGCCGCUCGCCUCAUCUACUAUCUGGCCCCGGCCUCGCGCCACCACGUGCUCGCGAGGCCGAUUGUGCGGCUAGUGUCGCGAUCGACGCCGGACGUCGUCUACCUCGUCCUGCUGAGCGCCCUCGACAUUGCGCGUUCCUCGCCGGAGCUGUUUGCGCCCUACGCUACCGCCUUCUUCCUCGGUCCCGCCCACGUCGAGCCUGCGCACGUCUCGCUGCUCAAGCUCGACAUGCUGACGGUGGUCUGCAACCGGGUCAACGUCGCGCUGGCGCUGCCCGAACUGGCGGAGCACGUGCGGUCGCCCUCGGACCUGAUCGCCACGCACGCCGUCGGCUGCCUCGGCCGGCUGGCAGCCAAGCUGCCCGACGCCUGCAGGGACAGAUGCCUGGCCGCCCUCCUCGACCUGCUCAAGCAGAAGCAGAGGAGAGAGGGGGCGAUCAAGGCAUCGGCCAGAGAUGCGGUCGUGGCCAAGGCCGUGCUGAUCAUCAAGGACCUCGUCCACGACCAGCGGCAGGAGGGAGGCGCCGGCAGCGCGGCUGGUGGCGAGACGACCGCCUCGAUCGUCCUUCGGCUGGCCUCGCUGCUGUUCGGCGCCCCGCCAAAGCCGUCGGCGUCGGCGACAGAGGCAUCGGCAGGCGCUGCGGCGAGGAAAAAGAGACCCAAGGUCGUGGGCAAGGGCGCCAUACUGCACCCGGGCGCGCGCGCCAGCAUCCUCUGGCUGCUAGGCCAGGACUGCCGCGAGGUGGUGCCGCAGCCCUCGUCGGCGCUGGGCGCUGGCAAGACGCUGGCCGAGCUGGUGCUGCCCGACAUCCUGCGCCGCUGCGCCAUCAACUUUGCCAACGAGGCGUCGAUCGUCAAGUUGCAGAUCCUCACCGUGUCGACCAAGGUGUUUGCCUUCCUCCCCUCGGCGGUGGCCGCAUCCGAAGACGCGGCGCAGCUGAUCGAGGCCGUGACCAAAGUCCACUUCUACCUGCUGCGGCUGGCGCGCUACGACCUCGACUUUGACGUGCGCGACCGCGCCCGCCUCUGCAAGGGCCUGACGGCGGGCCUGGUCGACGUGCCGGCCACCUCGUCGCCGUCGCCGUCGCAGCAUGCCGACGACGGCAGGGAUGGAGGGAUCGCGCGGGAGAUCCUCGACGCCGUCCGGCGCGCGACGCAGGCGGUAGGCGAGUGGUCCGAAGAAGGCGACGCCAACCUCAAGGGCGUGCGUUUGAGGCGCGAGCAGGUGGUCCAUAUCCUGUUUGAGGGCAAGUCGAUCCCCUCGGACCUGGCCGACCAGCUCGAGGCGGACCGGAAGCGGGAGCCAGACAGCAUCGGCGGCAGCGGCGGUGGCACCGCGCUGGCCUCGAAGCUGGGGAGCCUGUCGCUGGCGCUGGACGGCAAGCUGAUCCGGGGCUGGCACGCGACGGCGCUGCCGCCCUGGAGCACGCCCGAAGACGCCACGCCGGCGUCGAAACGCGAUCCGCCGCCGCUACCGUCUACCGCGCCCUCCGGCGGCCUGAGCGCUGGCGGUGGCGCGGGGACGGGCGGCAAGGUGGUGCUGGUGCCGCUCGAGUCGACGCGGUCGUCGCCCGUCCCGUCGAAUCGGGAGGGCAAGAGCUCGUCGACCGCCGGCGGCGCCACGACAAAGGGGCGAUACAAGGACCUCGACGCCUUCCUCGACGAGAGCAGCGAUGACGAAGACGCCGAGACUGAGAGCGAGAGCGACUUCGAGGUGGACAGGGCGGCACGGGAGGAUAGUGAAUUUGGAGGAGAGGAGAGCGACAGCGGGCAGGACGCGGAAGACGAGAGCGACGCGGAGAGUGUCGACGACGACGAUCAUGACGAUGAUGAUGACGACGACGACGACGAGGAAGAGGAAGAGGGGACGUCGGCGUGGAAGUCGUAG